GAUCGCAAUAUCCUUCCCGCCCCGCUCCGCCUCAACGUCCGCGGAGUGAGUGCGCCGUUCAACAUCGUUUAAUCAAAAAUUUAAAGAAAUGGCUGCAAGAUUAAUCCGGAAAAUUGUUCCGACGGCCAAGUCUGGUGCGGCGCAGUACAGCAGCGGCGUACGGAAGGUGACGUUGAUCCCUGGACAUGGAAUUGGCCCUGAGAUUACUGUCGCAGUGCAGAAAAUCUUCGAGGCUGCUAAAGUUCCCAUCGAAUGGGACGAAGUCGAUGUGACAGCUGUUAGGAAGGGAUACCGUUCCUUGAACUUGGCACUCAGGAAGGAGUUUGACCUCUACGCUAAUGUCAGACCGUGUAAAAGUUUAGAUGGCAUAAAGACGUUGUAUGACAACGUUGACGUGGUAACAAUCAGAGAGAAUACAGAAGGAGAGUACUCCGGUAUCGAGCAUGAGAUAGUAGAUGGAGUGGUGCAGUCCAUUAAACUGAUCACGGAGGAAGCCAGCAAGCGAGUCGCUGAAUUCGCAUUCCAGUUCGCUAGGGACAACAAGAGGAAGAAGGUCACAGCUGUACACAAGGCCAAUAUCAUGCGUAUGUCAGACGGUCUGUUCUUGCGGUGUUGCCGCGACCUGGCCACCAAGUACCCUGAUAUCAAGUUUGAGGAGCGCUACCUCGACACCGUCUGUCUUAACAUGGUGCAAGACCCCUCCAAGUUUGAUGUGCUGGUGAUGCCCAAUCUGUACGGUGACAUAAUGUCGGACAUGUGUUCGGGUCUCGUCGGCGGGCUCGGACUCACGCCUUCGGGUAACAUCGGCAAGAACGGCGCACUCUUCGAAUCUGUGCACGGCACAGCUCCCGACAUCGCGGGCAAGGACAUGGCGAAUCCUACAGCCCUGUUGCUGUCCGCCAUCAUGAUGCUGCGACACCUGCAACUGAACGAGCACGCGGACCGCGUCCAGAACGCCUGCUACGAGGUACUCCGCGAAGGCAAGUCCCUCACCGGAGACCUGGGCGGCACAGGGAAAUGCAGCGAGUACACUAACGCCAUCAUCUCGAAACUAAAUUAAUUUUUUAUCUGUAUGCUGCGUUUUGACCUUGCAAAACUUGACUUCAUAAGAAGUAAAUAUUGUGAUCGUGAGAUUUGAUGACUAUAUUAUUGUAAUUCAAACUCGAAUUUAGCAAAUUGUAGAUAAAAUUUAAUGUACAGAAUACCAAAGUAUUAUGUAGUUCAUAUUUAACUACCUUUAUUUAUUAUUCAUUGCCAUCUUACCAUUUUUAUAUCGCAUACGUUAAGUAUACAGUGUGAAAAUAUUCAUCGUUUUACAAUUGAAAAGUUGUCUGAUCUGAAUCUGAAAUUGAUAUAUUUAUUGUCAUAAUUUUAUGUUUAACAAUAAAAAAUU